UUAAAAAUAUGAACAGUUUAUAAGCAUUAUUAUAAAUAAGGGUAAAAAGACAAUUUAUCAAAACAAAAUCAUAGAAUUUAUGAAAGCAAAAUAAUUUCUACGUGAAGAAUGUGGAUUGACCUGUUGUUAAUUUACCUUUUGGUUGAACUAACGGAAGCUACAUCUGAUGGUGAAAGACGACUAAAUACAAAAUUAAUAAACUUUUUAAAGUCUUCAUUAUAUAUUGAAAAACGAUUUAGAAGAGAUUUACUAUUAAAAGUCAAUGGAAAAGGUAACAUUAUAUUUGAAGACAAUUGUCAUCCAAGUAUACCUUUAGUAAGCUGUGAAAAAAAUUAUUGUGAUUUUGCAUCUUGUCCUAAUUUUCCUAAUGCUGAGUGCCACUUAAAUUUGUGUGGCAAGUGUGAGCCAGUUUACUAUUUUGAAGGAAAUAAAGUGGAUUGUUAUGAUUUUCAAACAAUUUCUCCACCCCAAAUUAACCUAAAAACAAACGAAAUAAAGUUUGAUGAUAACUGUCCAUCAGAUGUUCCGUUGGUUACUUGUUCCAGCAACCCUUGUGAGGCACAUAAAUGUGAUAGUUAUCCGAACGCAGAAUGUCAUGUUAAUUUGUGUGGUACAUGUGAAGCAAAUUUUUAUGUAAAUGGUCAGCAAGUACUAUGUAACACUACUCAGACAAAUGAUCAACUAUCACAAUGUUUUAAAGAACGUCAAAGAAUUAUUGAAAACAAAAAUUUAAACAAAUUUGUUGUUGAUUGUGAUCAAAAUGGUGCAUAUAAACCACUGCAAUGUUGGCCUUUUGUGGGUUUAUGUUGGUGCGUAAGCGAAAAUGGAGAAGAAAUGUUUGGAACACGAAGUUAUUUUCCAAAUAAACCUAAAUGUGAAAUUUUAAUUGAAGAUUGUCGUAGUAAAGAAUAUGGUUGCUGCCCUGAUAAUAAAACAGCUGCACAAGGUUUUCAUCAUCAAGGAUGCUCAAAUGUGAUUAAAAGUUGUCAAGUGUCGUUGUAUGGCUGUUGUGAUGAUCAAAUUACAUUUGCAAAGGGACCAAAUCAAAAAGGAUGUUCUCGUUUGGUUUCAAAAUGUGAACACCUCAGGUCUAUAACUCAGCAGAUUUUUUCAUUUCAACCUCAAUGUGAUAACCAGGGUCACUUUAAUCCUAUUCAAUGUUGGGACACUUUGGAUCAAUGUUGGUGUGUAAAUAAAGAUGGAAUUGAGCUCAAAGGAACAAGGUUAAAAGGAAAACAACCAGAUUGUUCUGCAGUUGCCUGUGAAGAUAAGAGUAAUGAUUGUUACAGAUUUGCAAUAGUUCCUGGAUUUUGUUUUCGAUUAAAGCGUUACAUGACAGAAUAUUGUAGGAAAUCAUGUGGCUUUUGUAAAGAAGUAUCUGUUGUUAAACCUGAGCCAGUGAGAAGAGGAUGUUCUAGUCCAUUUGGUUGUUGUUCUGACUACAUAUCCCCUGCCAAAGGUCCUGAUGAUUAUAUGUGUCCAUUAUAUAGCUCAGUGUGUUCCAUGCCUAAAGUUGUUGGAGAGUGUUACGGCUAUUUUCCUAGAUAUUUUUAUAAUCAAGAAACAAACACUUGUGAAUUAUUUGUUUAUGGAGGUUGUCGUGAUAAUGGUAAUAACUUUGUUGAUAUAAAUGAAUGUGAAGAAAAAUGCUUAGAAGAGAUGACACCAACUAAAGUUUCUACAACACAGCUAGCUGAGCUUGGAAUUGAUAUGAAUGUAAAAGAAACAAACAAAAUUAUUACCUCAGAUGACUUUAAUGUCCUUGCUGGACCAUUGAUAGAAUGUGCAAAUAAAUUUGGAUGUUGUGAAGAUGGCAUAACACCAGCAUUAGGAUAUAAUUUUCAAGGGUGUCCAAGGUAUAUAUCUUUUUGUGAGAUGCCUCCUGCUUCUGGGUCCUGUGCCGAUAACAUUAUUAAAUACUUUUAUAAUCCUGAGAAGAUGUUAUGUGAAGAUUUCUUUUAUGGAGGGUGUGGUGGAAAUGCAAACAAUUUUGAAAGUGUUGAGUUGUGUAUGAAUGAAUGUAAUAAUAAAAUGAUAGAAUUAAAAAAACAAAAUGUUGCAUUAAAUAAUUAUCAAAUAGCACCUACUAUUCAGACUACCAAUGAUCAAACAGAUAAGGUGAUUGAGUUAUCUAUGUCUUCAACUGACAAGGUUAACUCAAUGAAAGAUUCUACAGAUACAGUUACAGGAUCAAGUUCUUCACCUCCAGAUGGUUUGACUGCAGAUAACGUUUUAUCUUCAACUAAUGAACCAUUAGCAAAUGCAGAAGAGAUUGCUUUUAGCAUUUUGUCAAAAGGUUAUGAUUCAACAGAGAAGGUGACUGAGUUACCAUUAAGUGAUAAAGUUAACUAUGUAAAAGAUUCUACAGAAUCAAGUUCUUUGCUGCGAAAUGAUUUAACUGCUAAUGAUGUCUUAUUUUCUACUAUUGAACCAAUAGCUACUACAGAAAAGGUUGCUUUUAGUGUUUCGUCAAAAGGUUUUGAUUCAACUAAUAGGGUGAUUAAGUUAUCUUUAACUGAUGAGGUUAACUCUAUAAAAGAUACCACAGAAAUUCUUACAGAAUCAAGUUCUUUAAUGCUAAACGAUUUGACUGCAAAUGAUGUCUUAUCUUCAACUAUUAAACCACAAUCUACUAAAGAAGAGAUUGCUUUAAGUGUUUCGUCAAAAGAUUUUGAUUCAACAGAUAAGGUGAUUGAGUUAUCUUUAACUGAUGAGGUUAACUCUAUAAAAGAUACCACAGAAAUAGUUACAGAAUCCAGUUCUUCAAUGCCAAAUGAUUUGACUGUGAAUGAUGUUUUGUCUUCAACUAUCAAACCACUAACUACUACAGAAGAGGUUGCUUUUAGUGUUUCGUCAAAAGGUUUUGAUUCAACUAAUGGGGUGAUUGAGUUAUCUUUAAAUGAUGAGGUUAACUCUAUAAAAGAUUCUACAGAAAUAGUAACAAAAUCAAGUUCUUUAAUGCCAAAUGAUUUGAAUACGAAUGAUGUCUUGUCUUCAACUAUUAAACCACUAACUACUACAGAAGAGAUUGAUUUUAGCGUUUUGACAAAAGGUUAUGAUUCAACUAAUGGGCUGAUUGAGUUAUCUAUGUCUUCAACUGACAAGAUUAACUCAAUGAAAGAUUCUACAGAUAUAGUUACAGGAUCAAGUUCUUCACCUCCAGAUGGUUUGACUGCAGAUAACGUUUUAUCUUCAACUAAUGAACCAUUAGCUAAUACAGAAGAGGUUGCUUUUAGCGUUUUGUCAAAAGGUUAUAAUUCAAUAGAUGUGACUGAGUUACCACUAAGUGAUAAAGUUAACUAUGUAAAAGGUUCUACAGAAUCAAGUUCUUUGCUGCCAAAUGAUUUAACUGCUAAUGAGGUCUUAUUUUCUACCAUUGAACCAAUAGCUACGACAAAAAAGGUUGCUUUUAGUGUUUCGUCAAAAGGUUUUGAUUCAACUAAUGGGCUGAUUGAGUUAUCUUUAACUGAUGAGGUUAACUCUAUAAAAGAUUCUACAGAAAUAGUUACAGAAUCAAGUUCUUUAAUGCCAAAGGAUUUGACUGCAAAUGAUGUCUUAUCUUCAACUAUUAAACCACCAGCUACUACAGAAGAGAUUGCUUUUAGUGUUUUAUCAAAAGAUUUUGAUUCAACAGAAAAGGUGAUUGAGUUAUCUCUAACUGAUGAGGUUAAAUCUAUAAAAGAUACCACAGAAAUUAUUACAGAAUCAAGUUCCUCACCACCAAAUGAUUUGACUGCAAAUGAUGUUUUGUCUUCAACUAUUAAACCACUAACUACUACAGAAGACGUUGAUUUUAGUGUUUCGUCAAAAGGUUUUGAUUCAACUAAUGGGCUGAUUGAGUUAUCUUCAACUGAUAAGGUUAACUCUAUAAAAGAUUCUACAGAAAUAGUUACAGAAUCCAUUUCUUUAAUGCCAAAUGAUUUGACUGCAAAUGAUGUCUUAUCUUCAACUAUUAAACCACAAUCUACUAAAGAAGAGAUUGCUUUUAGUGUUUUGUCAAAAGAUUUUGAUUCAACAGAAAAGGUGAUUGAGUUAUCUUUAACUGAUGAGGUUAACUCUAUAAAAGAUACCACAGAAAUAGUUACAGAAUCCAGUUCUUCAAUGCCAAAUGAUUUGACUGUGAAUGAUGUUUUGUCUUCAACUAUCAAACCACUAACUACUACAGAAGAGGUUGCUUUUAGUGUUUCCUCUAAAAGUUUUGAUUCAACUAAUGGGCUGAUUGAGUUAUCUUCAACUGAUAAGGUUAACUCUAUAAAAGAUUCUACAGAAAUAGUUACAGAAUCAAGUUCUUUAAUGCCAAAUGAUUUGACUGCAAAUGAUGUCUUAUCUUCAACUAUUAAACCACCAGCUACUACAGAAGAGAUUGCUUUUAGUGUUUUGUCAAAAGAUUUUGAUUCAACAGAAAAGGUGAUUGAGUUAUCUUUAACUGAUGAGGUUAACUCUAUAAAAGGUUCUACAGAAAUAGUUACAGAAUCAAGUUCUUUAAUGUCAAAUGAUUUGACUGCAAAUGAUGUCCUGUCUUCAACUACUAAACCACCAGAGACUACAAAAGAGAUGACUUUUAGUGUUUCGUCAAAAGAUUUUGAUUCAACAGAAAAGGUGAUUGAGUUAUCUUUAACUGAUGAGGUUAACUCUAUAAAAGAUACCACAGAAAUAGUUAGAGAAUCAAGUUCCUCACCACCAAAUGAUUUGACUGCAAAUGAUGUUUUGUCUUCAACUAUUAAACCACUAACUACUACAGAAGAGGUUGAUUUUAGUGUUUCGUCAAAAGGUUUUGAUUCAACUAAUGGGCUGAUUGAGUUAUCUUCAACUGAUGAGGUUAACUCUAUAAAAGAUUCUACAGAAAUAGUUACAGAAUCAAGUUCUUUAAUGCCAAAUGAUAUGACUGCAAAUGAUGUCUUAUCUUCAACUAUUAAACCACAAUCUACUAAAGAAGAGAUUGCUUUUAGUGUUUCGUCAAAAGAUUUUGAUUCAACAGAAAAGGUGAUUGAGUUAUCUUUAACUGAUGAGGUUAACUCUAUAAAAGAUACCACAGAAAUAGUUACAGAAUCAAGUUCCUCACCACCAAAUGAUUUGACUGCAAAUGAUGUUUUGUUUUCAACUAUUAAACCACUAACUACUACAGAAGAGGUUGAUUUUAGUGUUUCCUCUAAAAGUUUUGAUUCAACUAAUGGGCUGAUUGAGCUAUCUUUAACUGAUGAGGUUAACUCUAUAAAAGAUUCUACAGAAAUAGUUACAGAAUCAAGUUCUUUAAUGCCAAAUGAUUUGACUGCAAAUGAUGUCUUAUCUUCAACUAUUAAACCACAAUCUACUAAGGAAGAGAUUGCUUUUAGUGUUUCGUCAAAAGAUUUUGAUUCAACAGAAAAGGUGAUUGAGUUAUCUUUAACUGAUGAGGUUAACUCUAUAAAAGAUACCACAGAAAUAGUUACAGAAUCAAGUUCCUCGCCACCAAAUGAUUUGACUGCAAAUGAUGUUUUGUUUUCAACUAUUAAACCACUAACUACUACAGAAGAGGUUAAUUUUAGUGUUUCCUCUAAAAGUUUUGAUUCAACUAAUGAGCUUAUUGAGUUAUCUUUAACUGAUGAGGUUAACUCUAUAAAAGAUUCUACAGAAAUAGUUACAGAAUCAAGUUCUUUAAUGCCAAAUGAUAUGACUGCAAAUGAUGUCUUAUCUUCAACUGUUAAAUCACCAGCUACUACAGAAGAGAUUGAUUUUAGUGUUUCGUCAAAAGAUUUUGAUUCAACAGAAAAGGUGAUUGAGUUAUCUCUAACUGAUGAGGUUAACUCUAUAAAAGAUACCACAGAAAUUGUUACAGAAUCCAGUUCUUCAAUGCCAAAUGAUUUGACUGCGAAUGAUGUUUUUUCUUCAACUAUUAAACCACUAACUAUUACAGAAGAGGUUGUUUUUAGUGUUUCGUCAAAAGGUUAUGAUUCAACUAAUGGGGUGAUUGAGUUAUCUAUGUCUUCAACUGAUGAGGUUAACUCAAUGAAAGAUUCUAUAGACACAGUUACAGGAUCAAAUUCUUCACCUCCAGAUGAUUUGACUGCAGAUAACGUUUUAUCUUCAACUAAUGAACCAUUAGCUAAUACAGAAGAGGUUGUUUUUAGCGUUUUGUCAAAAGGUUAUGAUUCAACAGAUAAGGUGACUGAGUUACCAUUAACUGAUAAAGUUAACUAUGUAAAAGAUUCUACAGAAAUAGUUACAGAAUCAAGUUCUUUAAUGCCAAAUGAUUUGACUGCAAAUGAUGUUUUGUCUUCAACUAUUAAACCACUAACUACUACAGAAGAGGUUGAUUUUAGUGUUUCGUCAAAAGGCUUUGAUUCAACUAAUGGGGUGAUUGAGUUAUCUCUAACUGAUAAAGUUAACUCUAUAAAAGAUUCUACAGAAAUAUUUGCAGAAUCAAGUUUUUCAAUGCCAAGUUAUUUGACUGCAAAUGAUGUCCUGUCUUCAACUACUAAACCACCAGAGACAACAGAAGAGAUCGCUUUUAGUGUUUCAUCAAAAGAUUUUGAUUCAAUUACUGUUGAACCACUAUCUACUACAGAAAAGGUUCUUUUUAGCAUUUUGUCAAAAAGUUAUGACUCAACAGAUAAGAUGACUGAGUUAUCUUUGACUGAUGAGGUUGACUCUAUAAAAGAUACCACAGAAAUAGUUACAGAAUCUAGUUCUUUAAUGCCAAAUGAUUUGACUACGGAUUAUGUCUUGUCUUCAACUAUUAAACCACUAACUACUACAGAAGAGGUUGCUUUUAGCGUUUCGCCAAAAGGUUAUGAAUCUACUAAUGGGUUGAUUGAGUUAUCUUUAACUGAUAAGGUUUACUUUAUUAAAAAAUCUACAGAAAUAGUUACAAAAUCUAGUUUUUCUAUGCCAAAUGAUUUGACUGCUAAUAAUGUCUUGUCUUCAGCUAUUGAACCACCUGCUUCUACUGAAGAAAUGGUUUUCUCCGAGAUCUCCGGUUCUGUAAUUGCAAAUAAUGAAUUAUCUAUGCCAUCAACAGAUGAUGUUAGUACCACAGAAGAUAGUUUAGUAAGCCUGUUUAAAAAAUCGAGUUCUUCUCUGAAUAAAUUAAAUUCAUCAUUAUCAUCUAGUCAUGUUGCUGCUACAAGUACAACUGUUUCAACUCUUUUAUCUAAAAGUUUAUUUGGUGGUAUAAUUAAAUCUGAUAAAGAUAAAGAUAAUGAUGAUGGUUUUUUAUCUGGUUCAGAAAUAUCUGAAAUUCAUAAUGAUAUUUUGAAUACAUACAAUUUAACAUCUUCUCUACAGCAUUCUGAGUCAACUACGAUGGUAAAAUCAGAUAACUUCAAAUCAAAUGUAGAGGACAUUAUUCAACCUACAACACCAUCUUCUUUAGACUCUUCAAUUUCUUUAUCACAUGUUUGCAAGUUACCUUUCAACAAAGGAAAUUGUAGACUCAUACAUAGUCCAAGAUAUUAUUAUAAUUCUUCAUUAAAUCAAUGCUUAUUGUUUGUUUAUGGAGGAUGUGGUGGCAAUGGAAAUAAUUUCAAUACUGAGAAUGAAUGCAAUAUGAAAUGUUCUAAUAAAUCUUUAAUUAGAGAGAAUGACUUGAACACUAAUAAAAAAUGUGGUUCUUUGUAUGGUUGUUGCUUAGACAAUUUAAAUGGUGCAAGGGGGCCUAACUUUUUAGGAUGUCCAAAAUACAACAGUAGCUGUGAUUACCCGCCUGCUUAUGGGCCAUGUAAAGCAAGUUUGGUUCGUUGGUUUUAUAAUGGGCGCAAGAAAGAAUGCAAUACCUUCUCAUGGGGAGGCUGUGAGGGAAAUGAAAACAAUUUUGAAACCGAAGUUGACUGCUUGCUGCAGUGUGGAGAUGAUAAACAGGAAUAUACUGAUAUAUUUGAUGAAUCUUUGGAAACUGUACUUUACCCUGGUUGCGAAUCUGAUUAUGGAUGCUGUUCUGAUGGGUUAAAUAAAGCUAAAGGUCCAAAUCAAGAAGGUUGCCCUGUCUACGCUUCUGAAUGUGACAUGCCAAAUGUUCCUGGGAAUGGAAAUGAGAGACUUAUUCGAUAUAUUUAUGACGGUUUGAAGAGAAAAUGCAACGCUUUUAUUUACUCUGGAAAAGGUGGUAAUCUAAAUAAUUUUGCUUCUAUCGCAGAAUGCGAAAAAAAGUGUGAAAAAAGUUGUGAAGAUUCUUUGCCGAGUUAUUGUGCAGAAUGGAAAAAUUUAAACUUUUGUACUGAUCGGCCAACUAUAAUGAACGAGUACUGCAAAAAAACUUGUAAUAUGUGUACUUAGUUGCGGAGAAAAAUAAAAAUAAAAUAAAGUUUAAUUGCGA